CGCAUUCUCCGCCGACCUUACGUCUCUUCCCAGCAGGCUCCAGGAACCACCGCGAGACUUCAUCAAUUAUCGCGAGAUUUAUCGGCAGCCAUCUUCUUGGGGGUGCUGGGAGGCAGGAAGACCCCCUGAAUCGUUCCCAUUGAGCUGCCCUUCGCCUUCGCUUUCUUUACUUUUGCCUUUUCGACGUAGCCAACAAGCACCUGGUCCCGAGGCCGAGAGAACGCCUGGGUCUAAGCGCGUGUCGCGCUUCCGGUCUGGGUAGAUUUGCUGGGGAAGAGGGAAGGGGGAGGGCCCGGGCAAACCGUUGCUGCUUCAGCCCGGGCCGGGGUCCGGGGACGGGGAGCUCCUGGCAUCCCGUGCAUUUGCGGCCUGCGGCGGUCCCUGCAGAGCUGUUCGCCGACCGGGGCCCGCGGGAACCUGCCACCGGCGCCUCCCACCGCGGCCCACGCGGGCGGCGCGCGGAGGAGGGGGCGGGGGCAGCGGCGGCUGUAGCGGCUGCGACCUGGGCGGGCGGAGGAGUGUGACGGGCCUUAGGGCCGCUGUGGAUGGUUUCUAAAAUGAUCAUUGAAAACUUCGAGGCACUCAAGUCCUGGCUCAGCAAGACUCUCGAGCCCAUCUGUGAUGCAGAUCCAUCUGCCCUAGCAAAAUAUGUUCUGGCUUUGGUAAAGAAAGACAAAAGUGAAAAAGAGUUAAAGGCAUUAUGUAUUGAUCAGCUGGAUGUAUUUCUUCAGAAAGAGACGCAGAUAUUUGUGGAAAAACUUUUUGAUGCUGUGAAUACAAAGAGUUACCUACCUCCUCCAGAGCAGCCAUCAUCAGGAAGCCUGAAGGUAGAAUUUUUCCCGCACCAAGAAAAAGAUAUAAAGAAAGAAGAGAUCACUAAGGAGGAAGAGCGAGAGAAGAAGUUUUCUAGAAGGCUAAAUCACAGUCCUCCACAGUCAAGCUCCCGAUACAGGGAAAAUAGAAGCCGUGAUGAGAGGAAAAAAGAUGAUCGUUCUCGCAAAAGAGAUUAUGAUCGAAACCCUCCUCGAAGAGAUUCAUACAGAGACCGGUACAAUAGAAGACGAGGGCGAAGUCGCAGUUACAGCAGAAGUCGAAGUCGAAGUUGGAGUAAAGAGAGGCUUCGUGAAAGGGACAGAGAUAGAAGCAGGACUAGAAGCAGAAGCAGAACACGAAGCAGGGAAAGGGAUCUGGUAAAACCUAAAUAUGACCUGGAUAGAACAGAUCCAUUAGAAAAUAAUUAUACUCCAGUCUCUUCGGUACCUAGUAUUUCAUCUGGCCACUACCCUGUACCUACUUUGAGCAGCACUAUUACAGUAAUUGCUCCUACUCAUCAUGGUAACAACACUACCGAAAGUUGGUCUGAAUUUCAUGAAGACCAGGUGGACCAUAACUCUUACGUAAGACCACCCAUGCCAAAGAAACGGUGUAGAGACUAUGAUGAAAAGGGUUUUUGUAUGAGAGGAGACAUGUGUCCUUUCGAUCAUGGAAGUGAUCCAGUGGUUGUAGAAGAUGUGAAUCUUCCUGGUAUGCUGCCUUUCCCAGCACAGCCUCCUGUUGUGGAAGGACCACCUCCUCCUGGACUCCCCCCACCUCCACCAAUUCUUACACCCCCACCUGUGAAUCUCAGGCCCCCAGUGCCACCUCCAGGUCCAUUGCCACCCAGUCUCCCACCUGUUACAGAUGAUAUUUCUUAUUCUUUGGUUUUGACAGGACCACCACCUCCACUUCCUCCUUUGCAGCCAUCUGGCAUGGAUGCUCCUCCAAACUCUGCAACCAGUUCUGUUCCUACUGUAGUAACAACUGGCAUUCAUCACCAGCCUCCUCCUGCUCCACCCUCUCUUUUUACUGCAGAUACAUAUGACACAGAUGGCUACAAUCCUGAAGCCCCAAGCAUAACAAACACUUCCAGACCUAUGUAUAGACACAGAGUGCAUGCACAAAGGCCCAACUUGAUAGGACUAACAUCAGGGGAUAUGGAUUUGCCACCCAGAGAAAAGCCUCCUAAUAAAAGCAGUAUGAGGAUAGUAGUGGACUCAGAAUCAAGGAAAAGAACCAUUGGUUCUGGAGAGCCUGGAGUUCCUACAAAGAAGACUUGGUUUGAUAAACCAAAUUUUAAUAGAACAAACAGCCCAGGCUUUCAGAAGAAGGUUCAAUUUGGAAAUGAAAAUACCAAACUUGAACUUAGAAAAGUUCCUCCAGAAUUAAAUAAUAUCAGCAAACUUAAUGAACAUUUUAGUCGAUUUGGAACCUUGGUUAACUUACAGGUUGCUUAUAAUGGUGAUCCUGAAGGUGCCCUUAUCCAAUUUGCAACAUACGAAGAAGCAAAGAAAGCAAUAUCAAGUACGGAGGCGGUAUUAAACAAUCGCUUUAUUAAGGUUUAUUGGCACAGAGAAGGAAGCACCCAGCAGUUACAAACUACUUCUCCAAAGGUAAUGCAGCCUUUAGUCCAGCAGCCCAUUUUGCCUGUUGUGAAGCAGUCAGUCAAAGAGCGACUGGGUCCAGUACCUUCAAAUACUAUUGAACCUGCAGAAGCCCAGAGUGCCACUUCAGACCUUCCUCAGAAUGUAACUAAGUUAUCUGUGAAGGACAGGUUGGGUUUUGUAUCAAAGCCAUCUGUUUCAGCAACUGAAAAGGUGUUGUCUACAUCUACUGGCCUAACAAAAACAGUUUAUAAUCCAGCUGCUUUGAAGGCUGCACAAAAAACCUUACUUGUUUCCACCUCUGCAGUUGAUAAUAAUGAAGCACAGAAAAAAAAACAGGAGGCAUUGAAACUUCAGCAGGAUGUAAGGAAAAGGAAACAAGAAAUUUUAGAAAAGCACAUUGAAACACAGAAGAUGUUAAUUUCAAAACUGGAGAAAAACAAAACAAUGAAGUCUGAAGAUAAAGCAGAAAUAAUGAAAACUUUAGAGGUUUUGACAAAAAAUAUUACCAAGUUGAAAGAUGAGGUCAAAGCUGCUUCUCCUGGGCGCUGUCUUCCAAAAAGUAUAAAAACCAAGACUCAGAUGCAGAAGGAAUUACUUGACACAGAACUGGAUUUAUAUAAGAAGAUGCAGGCUGGAGAAGAAGUCACUGAACUUAGGAGAAAGUAUACAGAAUUACAGCUGGAAGCUGCCAAGCGAGGGAUUCUUUCAUCUGGUCGGGGCAGAGGAAUUCAUUCAAGAGGUCGAGGUGCAGUUCAUGGCCGAGGCAGGGGGCGAGGGCGAGGACGAGGUGUGCCUGGUCAUGCUGUGGUGGAUCACCGUCCCAGGGCAUUGGAGAUUUCUGCAUUUACAGAGAGCGAUAGAGAAGAUCUUCUUCCUCAUUUUGCGCAAUAUGGUGAAAUUGAAGAUUGUCAGAUUGAUGAUUCUUCACUUCAUGCAGUAAUUACAUUCAAGACAAGAGCAGAAGCUGAAGCAGCUGCAGUUCAUGGAGCUCGUUUCAAAGGGCAAGAUCUAAAACUGGCAUGGAAUAAACCAGUAACUAAUAUUUCAGCUGUUGAAACAGAAGAAGUUGAGCCUGAUGAAGAAGAAUUUCAGGAAGAGUCUUUGGUGGAUGACUCAUUACUUCAAGAUGAUGAUGAAGAAGAAGAGGACAAUGAAUCUCGUUCUUGGAGAAGAUGAUUUGACUGAUCAUUGAUCUACAUAUGCUAGAACUCUACCUGUGUUUCAUUAGUAUUAUCUAAUGUACUUUUACAUAUUUGUAAAAACAAUUUUUGGUAAAAUGUGAUGAAGAUGGAUUUCACAAAUAGACAAAAAAGAAGAAAACUACCUUCUGAUCUUGUAUUUUGAAAGAUUGAUGUUUGCAUUUUAUUUCAGUAAACAAUUGCUAAAGACAUCACACUAGAAACAUAUGCAAUGUUUUUAUUACAUACUUCUACUGGACAUUACAGAAUUCUUUGGGUUCUUUGUAAUUUAAUGAAUAGGUCUGAAAACUUAUGACCAAUACUUGUUAUAACUUAGAGGAUUUUGUUUUAUUCCAAAUAAGGAAUGAAUUUGCAUUUAAAAUCUUAAUGAAUGUUUUCAAAACUGAAUAGAUAACAUAGUACUCUAACUAAAGUCUCCAAGUCAUGUAUUAUAAUAUUACAUAGUAGUAUGCUUAGGCUUUACUAUGUAUUAGCCUUUUGUUGGACUGUGUAUGUAUUUUACCAUAUGGGUUUUAAUGAUAAUGGUGUAUGACUGCUUUACAUGAGUCCUUAUGCAUCCGGAUGUUAUAAUAAAGUGGAAUGGUCUCUUAAAAAAAAAAAAAAGAAAAGAAAAAAGCAAUGACAAAAAAAAAAAAAAAAAAAAAGCCAAGACAAUGUUCCUUGAUUUAAAAAAAGAAAAGAAAAGAAAAGAAAAAACAAAAGAAAAAACUUAAAAUAGACCAUUCCAGAUGGUGAUCUACCCUUCCCCCCAAUUAUCACAAAAGGAGCUAUAAUCACUAAUUUAUUCUUAAUAAUAAUGGUUACUGGUACCCUUACAAUAAUGUACAAUCCAAUGUUUAAAAAUUAUACCACUUGAGUUUGGUUUGAUCCUAUAAAUUUUCAACAAAUGUCUUAAAAUUUAAAAGCAGGCUGAUUAGUUUGGAACCAGACUACAAGUAGAGCUAACAUUUGGUGAAUAAGAAAACAUCACAUUACAUUUUGGAUGUAUGAAAGAAAACUUGACCAUUUGAAGAUAAAUGAAUAAAGAAAUGUACUAUAGAUACUACUUUAGGAAAACACUGUUUGGUAAGUGUUCCAGUCUGAUAUUUUAAGUGUGUACUUCCUAUACUUGUAUAAAAAUCUUUGACGUUUGCAACAAUACUGUGAUUUUUUUAAGUGGAUUUCUUUUGCAAGUGAACAUGAUCAUUGCAAGUUGAUACAGCAGUUUCCAGGAAAUGAAUGCAUUCUUUGUAGAAUGGGGGUGGGAGAUUACAUACUUAUAUUUUAAAAUUCAUUUCGGUUGCAAGUGUUUCUGCCUCUCUUAAGAUGAUAGUGAUAAUAUUAAAAAAAUCACAUUUAAAAAAUUACUUUCUUCCAUAUUGGGGUCCUCACAAUCAAAAGCUGUUGUUCCACCACCACCAUAGUCUUCUGCCAGUGGAGUAACUUAAGGAUGCUGUUCUUUUGCUUCUUCCCCAUACCCCACUAAUUGGGGUUGAAGUUGUGUGUAUUUUCUUGAUGGUAACACUAUUUCAUAGAAAUGCUUUGCCUUGCAAUUCGUGUAUACGUUUAUAUUUAAAAUUUCAAAAUCAGAUUUCAGUUGUCAAAAUAGUGACUUUGCUGAAAAAGUCACUAUUUUUACUUAUAUAUUUAAAUCAAAGAUCUAUUUUUAUGUAGUCUCUUGUAUGUUGACUAUGUGCUAUUCUGAUUCAUUAGGUAAGUUUGUUUUCUUUUCUUUUUAGUAGUCGUGAAAGGUGCCAAAUUGGCAGAGGCUCACGUUUCUUCUCUUUACACCAAACAGCAGAGAGAGAUCAUCAUUGCCUGAAUUCCCUUAGCUUUGUGACUGCAAGAGCAAGACCAGUUCCUGUCUGGAGACGACUGUUACAAUAAUAUCAUCCUAUUAUUUUAUGUUCACUCUUUAUCAAUUUGAACAGAUGUUUACAUGUACUAUAAUUAGCAUUUUAUCUCUACAGUUCUCUAAGAGUACAUCUGAGUUCAAAGUGUAUCUGAAUGUGUGCUCUGACCUUAUUCUUAAAUGUUUUCUCCCUGUACUUUAUAGCCAUUUAUUUUUUAAACACCUUAAGAAGGAAUGAAAAAGUUCUCUUGGAUGACGUAUAUUCAGUCUGAGCCAAAUUGAGGAUUGUGUCUAGGAAAUCUGUAAAGCCAUAUACUACUGUGUUCAUUAGCAUGAACAAUUUAAAAUGAAAAUGAAUUAAAAAGUUAAACAUGAGUUUGGUUUUAAUUUUGGGGGGAUCUUAAGAUGUAUUUCUGGGAGUAGGAUAGCCACUUAAAAUAAUUUUGAAUAGAUGAUAAAGUACUUUUUUAUGUACUGUAAUAGCUUGUGCAUUUCUUCUGACUAUACUUUCUGAUGAUGUUGCCAAGGUCAUUUACCCAAAUAUUUUUUUAAAAAUUCUUAACUCUUCAAAGCCAACAAAAUAAUUUUCUUCCAAGUGACAAAUGAUAAUCUGUAGAUUACAAGUCUUUUAAAACUUAUUGUAUGUCUUAACAUAAUUUUUUCACAUUUUUUGGACUUUUCAAUCAAGACAUCAAAGACGACCUUGAAAGCAAGAGGAAAUAGUGUCGUGUGCCUAAAAUUGGUAAAGACUAGUUUUUACCCAUUUUAAGAAGUGUAUGUCCAAAUUAUUUAUAAGCAGUAUGGCUUAAUAUGGCUUCGAAUUACUUAUAAAGAAUAUGAUUAAAUCUCAUCCUAAAUAUGUACCCACAAUAUCCUUUCUAUAAUGGGCACCAUAAGAAAUGUUUUCACUUAGUUUCUGAGUAUUCCUUCAUAGAUUCUCAGGAGGCAUUUAAAAAGUUGGAAGCUAUAUUUGGUAGUAGCUAUAUUAGAAAAGUCCAAUUUACACUGAUUUUUAUUCACCCUCAUUUUUAUUUUUAUCCAGUCAUGCUACCUUUAUCACCUUUUAUUUUUUUUUUUUUUUUUUUUUUGGUGCAAAGCUGAAUAUUCUGCAAAUUUUUUUUCCCCUUGAGUAUGCAUUGCAUUUGUCAUGAAAAAUAAAAAGAAUGUAAUAAACACAUCAGUCAUAAUGUAAAUUAUCUGUUUUGAUCCACAUUGGUUGGACACAGCAUGGUUAAUUCUACGCUUGGUUAAAGAAAAUACAUCAUUUAGAAAGUAUUCUAAUAUUUUAAGGACCUGCACUUUUUUUUUUUUAGUUGUUAAGACUUCUGGUUCACAUUUGCAAACUAGCCACAGGGUGUUCAUUAAUAUUUUCCCAAAAUAGUUGAGUAUUUUUAAUUUUGAACAAAGAAUUUUCUGCCCUACUACAGUGGCUUACUGCUAGGGUAAAGACUAUUGUCUGAAGAUACUGUACUUGGUGUUAACAGUGUUGAUUGCUUAAUGGAUAUGGACCACAUGCCACUACCUGUAGCUUUGUCAUCCUGGUGUUUUUGUUUGGUUGGGUUUGGUUUUUCAUUUUUUGCUUUUAAAAUUAAAAACAAAGCAAAACAAAAUUGAAGAUACCAUUGAGAAUCAGAAGUCAAGAUGACUUAACUCUCACGAAGAUCACUGCGCUUUUUGAAAAUUGCUGUGAGAUCUAGUCAGUUACAUAUUUAAAAUCCCCAUAUGUUGAUUAAUUAAAGAUAAGGUUUUCAUUAUUUUCCUAAGUAGGAUUCUCAUGGAGCUAUUGUAGAUAACUGUACAGAAUCACUUUUGUGUAAUUGAAUGAAGCAGUUUCCUCUGCAUGAUUGCAUAAUGAAAGCCUUUUAUAUAUCUUUAUAUUUUUCAAUAUACUUAGAUUUUACACUAUUAAGCUGCUCUAGUCAUGCUAUAUUUGUUUUUUUAAAAAUAGAGUUUAUAAAUAUUUAUGCUCAAAAUACAGAUCAACUGAAUAUUUUUGGUCUUGUUUACAAGAUAAAUCAUACUUUAAAAUGAUACAGGCCCCUCAAGUGUCUUAGGAAAAAGUCAUUGGUGCUAUAAAACCUUUCAAUAUCAUUUUUGAACCCAUUGUUCAGACUCUGCUAGGUUUUAAUCUGAUUGCUUGUGAUUUUUGAUAAUGUAGCAGCAGCAUAAUUAUAAAAGUGGUCUCUGAUGUGUGGAUAAAGAGCUCAGCCCAUUAGAAACACUUUGUAAUUUAAGAAUAUGAUGCAAAAUGACCUUACAUUUACUUGUGCCCAGCUUCCCAAAAAGAAAAUUGUUUUGUUAAGAGGAAGGCAGUUAAUUUGGCUAGAAUCCAAAAACUCAUUCAGCAUGGCUGUUUUUCCCUUAUUUCAAAUGAAAAACUUUUCUAAUACUAAAAUACGUAAUCCUGCUUUGCUUUAAAUUCCCAUAUCCAUCACUCAAGAGGAGGCAUAGUGAUUCUUAAAUAUUCAUAGAACAUUUGGUGAGUUGUAAAGAGAUGUAUUAUUGCAUUGUAGGUUUUUGCAUUGAUGUGUCGAUUUUUUUGUUUUGUCCCCAAGAUUUCCUUCCAGCACCUUAAUGAAUGUUCACAUGAUAGAAUGUUUUAAGUAUCAGCAAAGCAUUCAUGGAUGCCUGCUUUUCAUUCUCAGAAGGUUAAACCUGUUUUGGGUGUGAUGCUACUUCAGAACAUAUUGUCUGGCACAAGAUUUCUUCUAAUAAGUGGUUUAUUUUAACUCAAUUUCUGUGGACUGUUGAAUUGAAAAACACCAAAGGAGUCUUCUUGUUUGGAGACUGGAUUGUUCCAGUUUUAAAUACCUGUGCCCAUAAGUAUCCCAUUUCAUGAAUGUGUGUUGGCAUGGGGAAAAAAUUUCCCUGCUCUUUGAGUGGAGCGAAAGCAAUUGGUUAAGCUGUAGCAGCUUUUUUGUUUAUUUUUUUAAAGUGAUAAUACAACUUGAACUGAAAAAAGAUAAAACUUGAACUAGAAAACUACUCUUGUAUGCUUAGAAUGUUUAUAGUAUUAAAUGUUUAUGUGGGGUUGUCAACAUUUUUAUUAUUUAUAGUUGAAUUAUGUUUUGUUAAAUCCAUAUUUAUUAUUUUUAUAUUUUGAAAAUUUUUAAAAUAAAAGUCUUACUAAAAACA